CCUAUCCUUCUCAUUUUCCAGUAAAAAUUGAUUAUUGACAUUCUCUCGAAUUUCCACUUCUCUUCAAUCUACCCCAUCUGAUUCUGCGCUUGAAUUCUUUUGAUUUCAGAAAAUCGUGCUACAUUCUGCUAUUUUAAUUUCAGGAAGUGGUCACUGCAACCGAAAUUAAGAUCAGAUGGAAGGAUCUGAGGGGGAAGCGAUUAGGACUGCAUCUAAUGAGGUUUCUCAUGAAAUCAAAACUCUGAUAAACCCAGAUUCUAUUGAGUCACUCAAGCAGAUGCAACACCUCAUAUUGGGAAGAUUGCAGGACAGCAAUGCAGUGCUUUCAUAUUUCAAUGAAUACUCGGAGAAUUGCUAUGCAGAUGUCAUGGGUGACUUUUCGAAAAACACUCGUCUCUUGAAAUCAAUGAAAACAGACCUUGACUACAUUUUUCUCAAGUUAAGGAGUAUGAAGUCAAAGAUCUAUGCUACUUAUCCUGAUGCGUUUCCAAAUGGAUCUUUGGAAGUGAUUGACACGAGACCAGACCUUGACGCGCUUGUGUGUGACGUCAGUCAACAAGAUCAAGCUAGUUCAAUGGAUUCCCAUCAACAACCAACUGUGUAAUAUAUUUCUUGAAUGUAAGUUGUAUAUCAAGUUUGUGGUUUAAACCCUGUUUAGUGAGUGCUACUUUGGGUCAAUCAUACUUCUUUAUAUGUAAAUCUAGCCUCCUUCAGUCAGCUUCCUAGGGCACCAAGAAUGUUGAUUGAUUCUUUGAAGUCUGAACAGUCAAUAGGGCCAUUUGAUUGAGUGAUUAGCGGAAAGGGAAAUGAAAUUGUGUUUGCUAUC